AUGACCGAUAUAGACUCCGGUGCUCCAAGAAUACCUAACUUUGAAUUGGCUGAUAAUGCCUUUUUAUUGACAAAACAUGAAUUAUCUCAUCGCCACCCAAAGGCUUUAAGUUAUUUGAAAGAACAAAUUGAAAAAGAACAUUUAGCUCCAUAUUAUUAUUAUUUACAACAUGAAUACGUUCCAAAUGCAUUGAAAUGGGAUCAAUCUUUAUAUGAAUCUUUAUUGAAGAAAAAUCAAGAAGAAAUAUCAAAAUUGAAAAAAUCUAUUGAAGAAGUUGAAGAAAAAGAUGAAGGUCAAUUAGAAACUGCUGAAGGUUAUAAAAAAUUAGGUGAAUAUUAUGCUAAAAUUGGUGAUAAAUCAAAUGCAAUUACAACUUUGAAAAAAGCCUUAGAAUUAACUCCAUCAACUGGUUCCAAAAUUGAUAUUUCUUUAACAAUUACAAGAAUUGGGUUUUUCUACGAUGAUAAAAAUUUCAUUGCCAAACAAUUAGAAUUUACAAACUCUUUGAUUGAAAAAGGUGGUGAUUGGGAACGUCGUAAUCGUUAUAAAACUUAUCAAGGUUUAUAUUUAUUAUCAAUUAGAGAUUUCCAAAAAAGUUCAAGUUUAUUAAUUGAUUCAUUAGCAACUUUUACAUCAACUGAAAUUGCCACUUAUGAACAAUUGGCAGUUUAUGCAACAAUUGCAGGUGGAUUUGCAUUAACGAGAAAUGAUUUGAAAAGUAAAAUUAUUGAUUCUCCAGAAAUUUUAUCAUUAUUACCAACUACACCUGAAUUAGAACCAAUAACUUCAUUAACAAUUUCAUUAUAUACAAGUGAUUAUUCAUCAUAUUUCAAAUUCUUAUUACAAACAAAUGAUGAAAUCUUAUUACCAUCAAGAUAUUUAUCAAUACAUUCAAAUUAUUUUAUUAGAGAAAUGAGAAGAAAAGCUUAUGCUCAAUUAUUAGAAUCUUAUAAAACUUUAUCAUUAAAAUCAAUGGCUGAUGCAUUUGGAGUUAGUGUUGAAUUCUUGGAUAAUGAUUUAUGUAAAUUCAUUCCAAAUAAGAAAUUAAAUUGUGUUAUUGAUAGAGUUAAUGGAAUAAUUGAAACUAAUCGUCCAGAUAAUAAAAAUGCUCAAUAUCAAUUGUUAAUUAAACAAGGUGAUUCACUAUUAACAAAAUUACAAAAAUAUGGUGCUGCAGUUAGAUUAAGUGGAACUACAGAACGUGUUGCUUAA